GCAGGGUCCGAGCAGCGACAUCGGAGGACCGACAGACCCAGUGCGCCAUUGGGGUGACUGACUGACAGACUGACAGACUGACUGGCAGGCGACGCUCUUCUCCUUCCUUGCUUCGUUGCGCGUUCCUUCGCUUGCUUCGUUGCUUUGGUUUGCUUGCUUGCUUGCUUCGUGGGCUCGUUCGUCGUUCGUCGUUCAUGGUCGUCUGUUGACAGAGACGCGCAUCUUGGUCUGGGCUCCGGUGGUGCCGCCCUCCCAAGCCUCGGACACAACUCACAGCGCGAGCAACUCACGCAUCGACAAGAGUCGAGAGUCGAGCGUCGACGGGAGGGAGGAGGAGGAGUGGGGUUUGGACGCUGACGGGCGAGAAGGACGACAUUCGGUGUUGUGGAUGCUUCGGGUUGGGCGCCGUGGCAGGGAGGGGAGCAGAGCAGAGGAGGACGAGGACGAGGGCUCGGGGAGGAGCGAAAAGAUCAUCGAGGCCGUGCCUUGUGUUGUUUCUGUUGGUGGUGCUAGCGCUGAUGCUGGUGUAGAAGUUCUUCUUCAUCAUCAUCAUCUUCUUCUUCGUCUUCAUUUCCUCGAUCGGUAGGCCUGGUCGGUGUGCGCGAGGGAGGGAAGAUCUCUCGGUGCCGGGGGCAGGACGAAAGACAAGGCGAGGGUGGGAGGCAGGCUUUCAGGCAGGCAGGCAGGCAGGACAGCAGGACUGAGGGAUCUCGCGACGGAGGGCUGGUUGUGGGGAGUCGUUGUCAUUGUGGUCGUCGUAGAGUUGAUUGGUUCCAGGCGGGGCAGGAUUGUAGGUUCACGGGCGGCAGGGGACGCGUCAUUGUCAUUAGGGGCGGGGAAGGAGGAUUCUUGGCAGGUAGGACUCUGGCUGGGGCGACGAUGCCGGUGGCUCUGGGAUCAGCGGCUUCGUCUUCCUAUCGUGAUAGAACUUUGGAACUUCAUUCUAUAGCGGAAAGGUUACGGAAAUCUCAGGCGUUUUCUGGAUCUGCCACUAAUUCCCAAUCAUCAGCUACCAAUGGAUCUGUCGACGGCUCCGCCAGGCUGCAGGGUCCCCAAUCCUCUGGAUCCGUGCAAUCGGAGUUCAAUAAACGAGCCUCCAGAAUCGGCCUCAGUAUUCAUCAAACUUCACAGAAACUUACAAAGUUGACCAAGUUGGCGAAACGGACGUCAAUGUUCGACGAUCCCGCGACAGAAAUUCAAGAACUUACUGCUGUGAUAAGAACGGACAUCAAAGCUCUGAAUGAUGCUAUUAUCGACUUACAGGUUUUAUGUAAUUCAAGAAACGAUGGCGCCAACAGAAGUAGGCACAGUAGUGAACAUUCCACAACUGUUGUGGACAAUUUGAAAAGUCGACUCAUGAAUACGACCAAGGAGUUUAAGGAUGUACUCGAAUUGCGAACCACGAAUUUGAAGGUUCAUGAAAACAGGAGACAGCUUUUCACUGCCACUCCAACUAAAGAGCAAAGCAAUCCUUUUAGUCGACAGCGUCCACUGGUAACAGUUAAUGGAACCAGCACAACUAGUAAUGCAGGUGCGGGGCCAGGUCCGGGUACUAGUGCAAGUGCAAGUGGCAGUCCUGCGCCUCAUCCUUGGGCUAAUGGAGGGGCUUCUUCACAAACUCCAUUAUUUUCUUCCAGAAGGCGGGGCAAUCCUGAAGGAACCUCCUUGCAAGGUCAAACGCUUCCGCCGUCGCAGCAGCAACAACAGCUCCAGCAGCAAAUAGUGGCUCCUGCCCAGGACAGCUAUAUGCAAAGUAGAGAAGAGGCUCUUCGGAAUGUUGAGGCGACCAUUAUUGAGCUUAGCACCAUCUUUACGCACUUGGCCAACAUGGUUGCUGAGCAAGGUACAAUUGCCGUAAGGAUUGAUUCGAACUUGGACGAGGCAUCGGCCAAUGUCGAAGGAGCACAGGGAGCCCUCUUGAAAUACCUGAAUCAAAUUUCGUCGAACCGAUGGCUGAUCAUGAAGAUAUUCAUGGUGCUGGUUAUCUUCUUGUUAAUUUUCGUUGUUUUCGUAGCAUGAAUAAAUUGCACUGGAUUCCUGAUAUGGACGGGUUAUCUGAUGUAUAAUGGAGAGUUUUAGUUGCCACUUCUCUGGGUACUUUGAACCACCCGGCAUGGACUAUGUCCACAUUCAUUAAUGGCAGCGUCAGCUUUUGAGCUUGGAAACCGCCAGCUAAGCUAGUUCACCUGUAAUUGUAAGAGUCUGCAAAUGCCUUGAUAUUGGCCUACUGAUAAGCAAAUUGGCCUCAAUAAUGAUAUGCUCGAAAGACAUGAGCUUCUGGUUGUAUUGGUUCGGUUAUGGAAAACAAGUACUAAGUACGUGUAUACUCUACGGUGGUUGCUGUAAGUGUCGUCAUCCAGGAGAAAGAAAGCAAGAAUUUACCAUUGUGGUGAAGGUGACCUUUGAGACGGCAGCUUGAUUGAUUACUGGGAAGUUCCAAAUACACUCAUCUCUUUAUUGUGACGUGGAUUUGAUCCAUGGGACACAUCUUUGUAGAAGCUGGAUUGGUCGAUUGAGACCCAAAGUUCGAGACAUGGAUGUUCUCGAUGAUGACUUAGUUUACUGAUAACUAUUGCACUGAAGGGAUGGAAGCUUUGGCAAUUGUUACAGUGGGACAGAUAGUUGGGUUUUCCUGCUUUGAAUCCGUAGUCUGCUCCCACUCCCUUGUGUUCUUACUAUUCGUUUGAAAUUUUGUGUAUAUUGUAUAUUGUCAAGAAUUGCAAAGACAUCAACAGAAAGGCGGC